UAAUCAUAGGCUCGUGUAAGGGAACGGGGCCCAUAAUUUUAACCCGGACAUAGCCUCUCUCCUCUUGUUCACUGAUAUGGCUUCGCAAAUUUGCCUCUAUCUCUCAAACCAAAGCCCCUUCUCCUACAGCUACAAGCAUACCCAUUCCUCUCCGAAGUUUCCUUCUUUCAAACCCAAAGCUCGCCAACACUAUCAGGAAAACAACAAUGUUCCCAACAAAGACCCACUGCGACAGUCACUUUCCCUGAGCAAGAGAAGGCUGAAUUUCUCAGCUCUUGCACUAAUGUUCAAUGGGUUUUUGCCAGACAUUUCUAAAGCUUUGUCUGACAAAGAAUUGGAGCUUCAGAGAUACACCGAUGUCGAUGAGGGUUUCACUUUCCUCAGACCUUCUUCUUGGAUCAAGAUUGAGAAAGCAGGGGCAACUGUGUUGUUUGAGGAGGCAAACAAGGGAAGUAACAAUGUUGGGGUUGUUGUGAACCCGGUUCGUUUAAACAGCCUUGGAGAAUUUGGUACUCCUCAGUUUGUGGCUGAUAAGCUUAUACAGGCUGAAAAACGCAAGGAAAGCACAAAGGAUGCUGAGGUAAUUGGAGUUGCAGAGAGACUAGGUCAGGGAGGCUUACAAGUGUAUGAGUUUGAGUACAAGGUUGAUAGCACCAGGGGAGGAAUGAAGAGGAUCUUUUCAGCUGCUUUUGUGGCGUCAAAGAAGCUCUACCUUCUCAAUAUUGCUCAUUCAGACAAGCCCAAAAGUCCUCUUGAUACUCAUACAAGAGCAGUGCUGGAAGAAAUUCUUCAUUCUUUUGAUGCAGCACCUUCUACAUAACAUCACUGACCCAGUGUUCUUGGACACGAUGACUUCAUGCUUCUGCUUCAGUAUUUUAAGCCUGGUAUUUGUAUACAACUGGAUGUUGCUCAAGCUUCUUCAUUGGUUUCCAUGGCAAGAAAAUGUAAAUAUGGCAUGAUCAAUGAUAUUCUCAGCUGGGAUCUGAACAGUGAAGAAUCAUUAUUUAUUAUCCUUUCAAGGUGAGGCAAAUUAUUUGAGAAUCAUCCUUAGCAAUAAAUUAAAUUCUUCAUGUUGGUAUUAAUACGGGUAGGAGAAAAAAGUUGUUACUGUGGGCUUUACCUUCUUUACAUGAUCUGUAUUUAUACUACCCUUUUGGCUUUUCUGAUAGCGGAUGGUUGUAAAAUAGUGAGAGAACCAUAAAAAAUGCAUGUCAUCAUCUGUGGGUAUUUGAGUCUUGCGCAAGCUUGGAUUUCCUGUCUAUUUUCCUGUUUUUUUUGUUGGGUGCUAGUUUGAAGUAAUGGCUCCUCAUUUAUACACCAAAUUGACCUCAAUUCAAGAUCAUUAAGUGAUUUUGUAGAUAUUUC